UUAAUAAUCUUUCUACAAUAGUGACACAAACCCAUUAUAUAUAUCACACCAUCCCCUUCUACCUCUACAUCCAAAGCUUUACCUACUCUCAUCAUAUUUUUCAAUUACAAAACAUAAACAAAUCGAAAUGAGUUUUGAUGAUCAAGAUUCUCUUUCUCUUCAAUCAACAAUGACUACUACCUUCACUUUCCUCUUCUUCUCUUUCACCCUUUUAUUUUCUUUCUUCUCUCUUCUCAUCUACAUCUCAAGAAUUAAACCAUGGUGUAAUUGCAACACUUGCAAAACCUACUUAACCAUGACUUGGUCACACAAAUUCAUAAACCUUGUUGAUUACUAUACACAUCUUCUUCAAAAUUCACCAAGUGGAACAAUCCAUGUUCAUGUUUUAGGUAACACUAUAACCUCAAAUCCACAAAAUGUUGAAUACAUCCUCAAAACAAAUUUCAACAACUACCCAAAAGGUAAACAAUUUUCCACAAUUCUCGGCGAUCUUCUUGGUCGUGGUAUCUUCAACGUGGACGGUGACUCGUGGAGGUUUCAGCGGAAAAUGGCGUCUCUUGAACUUGGUAGCGUAACAAUUCGCUCCCAUGCUUUCAAUCUUGUCACAGAAGAAAUCAAAACAAGGCUUAUUCCUCUGAUUUCUUCUGUUACAAAAGACAAAACCGUGAAGACUGACACAAAACAACCCAAAGCAGACAAUAUCUCGAAAAACGAAGGUCUUGUUUUGGACAUGCAAGAUAUUCUAAGAAGAUUCUCAUUUGACAACAUUUGCAAAUUCUCUUUUGGGUUAGACCCAUGUUGUCUUGUUCCAUCACUUCCAAUUUCAAAUCUUGCUAAUGCUUUUGAUUUAUCUUCAAAGCUUUCAGCUCAAAGAGCAAUGAAUGCUUCCCCAAUAAUAUGGAAGAUGAAACGUUUUUUCAACGUUGGGUCAGAGAAGAAGCUGAAAGAAGCAAUUAAAAUAGUCAACGAUUUAGCAAACGAGAUGAUAAAACAGAGACGAGAAAUUGAAAAUGGAAUUGACUCGCGAAAAGAUCUUUUAUCUCGUUUCAUGGGUUCUUUGAAUUCAAACGACGACGAAUAUUUAAGAGAUAUUGUCGUUAGUUUUCUUUUAGCUGGUCGUGACACUGUUGCUUCCGCGUUAACCGGUUUUUUUAUUUUAUUGUCAAAAAACCCGGAAGUCGAAAAUAAGAUUCGGGUUGAGUUAGAUAGGAUAAUGAACCCGGUUCAAGAGUGUGCUACUUUUGAACAAACACGUGAAAUGCAUUAUCUUAAUGGAGCUAUUCAUGAGAGUAUGAGGCUUUUUCCACCGGUUCAGUUUGAUUCAAAGUUUGCAUCGGAAGAUGAUGUGUUGCCUGAUGGAACUUUUAUAAAAAAGGGAAGUCGGGUAACUUAUCACCCGUAUGCUAUGGGUCGGAUGGAGAAAAUUUGGGGACCAGAUUGUUUAGAAUUUAAACCGGAAAGAUGGUUGAGAGAAGGUGUGUUUGUUCCAAAAUGUCCUUUUAAGUAUCCAGUUUUUCAAGGCGGUUCGAGGGUUUGUUUGGGAAAAGAGUUGGCUAUUGUGGAGAUGAAAGCUGUUGUUGCUGCAUUAGUAAAACGGUUUGAUGUUCGAGUUGUUGAACCAAAUCAGGAGCCACAGUUUGUUCCCGGUCUAACUGCCACGUUUAGAGGUGGUUUGCCGGUUGAAGUUUAUGAAAGAACAUAAUUUUCUAAUUUUAAGAUUUAGAUAAGAUAUUAGAUAUGGUAAAAAAAAUAUGUAUAUUAGAUUGUAGUAUGACUUUAUUUAGAUUGCAAAAAGAGGAGGGUUAUAUUGACUCCAAGAGUAAGUUAUAAAAGCUACUCCAAAUCAUGGCCUUUGAUUUUAAUAUUUAUUAAUGGCUAAGAUUGAUUGAUCAUAAAACACAAAGUGAGUCUUAUUUUUUUAUUGUAUUGAAAAAUUAUCAAAACAUACUUUAAAUAGAAGAGAAUAAAUUAAUUAUAAUCAUUAAUUG